AUGAUCGACUACUACCAGUUUCUGGGCUUGGACCGGCAGUCGGGUGAUGACGAUGUGGCGAAGGCCUAUCGCCGCUACGCGCUCGCCUACAGCCCACAGUGCCACCCUGACAGCACUGACCAAGAGGCGCUGCAGCGCAAUUUCAUGAUCGCCGCGCAGGCGUACACUGUGCUCUCUGAUCCUAAGAAGCGCGCCAUCUAUGACAUCUACGGUGAGGAGGGCAUCCGCCACGGUGGCACUGGCCAACAGGGGGUGCCGGGCGGUAUCGACCUCGACUUCAUCGAUCCCAACGCCGUCUUCACCCGCUUCUUCGGCGUCGACAACCCGUUCCAGGUGAUCGGCAAUGUGGAUGCGGUGAAGAACAACCAGCACAACUUCUUUAGCGUCAUCGCCGGCAUGCCGCCAAACCCGCCCAAGUGCCCCGCGAUCGAGGUGAAGCUGCCGGUGACACUCGAGGACGUAUUUUAUGGCGCCAUGCGCCAAGCCACAUGGAAUGCGACGCAUGCUGGCGCGCCAACACUCGAUGCUGCUGUGACUACAACGGAAGAGUCUUACGAGGUGCGUGUAGAGAAGGGUGCGAGGACGGGUGAUCAUUUCCUUGUCGAAGGCCGCGGCAACACCUGCCCUGGGUACGCGCGUGGUGAUGUUGUCGUCGUGGUGGACGUCAUGCCGCAUACGCAGUUUCGUCGGGAGGGCGACGACCUGGUCACAAAGGUAGACAUCUCUCUGCGCGACGCCCUCUGCGGCACCACCGUGACGGUGAGCACGAUGGAGGGUCGUGAACUGUCCAUCCUGAUUGACGAAAUUGUCGACCCCGCCUACCGCGCGCGCAUCACAGGGGAAGGUCUGCCGAGCUACGGCGGCGGUGAUGCCACACGCGGAGACCUCAUCAUCGAGUUCACCACGAAGUUCCCAAGCUUCUUGACAGCGGAACAGAAAGCAGAGAUUGGUCGUAUCUUGGAUGCCAACUAG